AUGCCGGCAACUCUCCGCGAGCAGCGGCAGCGCUGCCGCUGCUCGCGGAGAGGUCCGCGAAGCCUGGGCGCGCUGAUCUCAGCGCGCGCAGGCUCCGGCAUGCCGGCAACUCUCCGCGAGCAGCGGCAGCGCUGCCGCUGCUCGCGGAGAGGUCCGCGGAGCCUGGGCGCGCUGAUCUCAGCGCGCCCAGGCUUCGGCAUGCCGGCAACUCUCCGCGAGCAGCGGCAGCGCUGCCGCUGCUCGCGGAGAGGUCCGCGACGCCUGGGCGCGCUGAUCUCAGCGCGCGCAGGCUUCGGCAUGCCGGCAACUCUCCGCGAGCCGCGGCAGCGCUGCCGCUGCUCGCGGAGAGGUCCGCGAAGCCUGGGCGCGCUGAUCUCAGCGCGCGCAGGCUUCGGCAUGCCGGCAACUCUCCGCGAGCAGCGGCUGCCGCUGCUCGCGGAGAGGUCCGCGAAGCCUGGGCGCGCUGAUCUCAGCGCGCGCAGGCUACGGCAUGCCGGCAACUCUCCGCGAGCAGCGGCAGCGCUGCCGCUGCUCGCGGAGAGGUCCGCGAAGCCUGGGCGCGCUGAUCUCAGCGCGCGCAGGCUUCGGCAUGCCGGCAACUCUCCGCGAGCAGCGGCAGCGCUGCCGCUGCUCGCGGAGAGGUCCGCGGAGCCUGGGCGCGCUGAUCUCAGCGCGCCCAGGCUUCGGCAUGCCGGCAACUCUCCGCGAGCAGCGGCAGCGCUGCCGCUGCUCGCGGAGAGGUCCGCGAAGCCUGGGCGCGCUGAUCUCAGCGCGCGCAGGCUUCGGCAUGCCGGCAACUCUCCGCGAGCAGCGGCAGCGCUGCCGCUGCUCGCGGAGAGGUCCGCGGAGCCUGGGCGCGCUGAUCUCAGCGCGCCCAGGCUUCGGCAUGCCGGCAACUCUCCGCGAGCAGCGGCAGCGCUGCCGCUGCUCGCGGAGAGGUCCGCGAAGCCUGGGCGCGCUGAUCUCAGCGCGCGCAGGCUUCGGCAUGCCGGCAACUCUCCGCGAGCAGCGGCAGCGCUGCCGCUGCUCGCGGAGAGGUCCGCGAAGCCUGGGCGCGCUGAUCUCAGCGCGCCCAGGCUUCGGCAUGCCGGCAACUCUCCGCGAGCAGCGGCAGCGCUGCCGCUGCUCGCGGAGAGGUCCGCGAAGCCUGGGCGCGCUGAUCUCAGCGCGCGCAGGCUUCGGCAUGCCGGCAACUCUCCGCAAGCAGCGGCAGUGCUGCCGCUGCUUGCGGAGAG